AAGAGUAGGCAAAGCAUUUGUAGUAAAGAACGAAUUGAGUAGAAGUACAUUUUACAUUCAUUUCUCUUCCAGACAUAAGCAGAGAAAACCAAAAAUGCCAGCUCAAAAGCCCCCCGAGUUCAAGUUUCCCAUGCAUGACUUACACUUCAAGCAAACGUUUCGCAACCUAAAAAUGGCCUGCACUUUGGCUUUGAUGGCCCCGCUUAUUUUGUACACUUUACACAACAAUCCGCGCAAAAGGAAGUACAGGAACUUUUACUCCAAAUACGAUCCGUUGGAUGCGUUCGAUCGCAUGAUGAGUGGAGGCUACCUGGCGUCCUGUCCGCCGGGUAGUGGACCCAAAAAGGAUGACAAGAAGGACAAGAAAAAGAAGUAGAACAAUGUAUCAAGAUAGAACACCAUACCAUCACUCUACACUCAUUUUAAACUAAAUAAUACAAACAGGCACCCUUUUAACUCUUGAUAUUAACAUUUCAAAUUAAGCAAGUGAAGAUCUGGAUGAUACACCUCAUAAAUGGAAACCAAAAUUCACAUGAAACUAGUUUACAAGUUAUAUUACGUACACAAUAAAUUGGAGCAUUGCAAACUAUUAUAAAAUAUAUAAUAAUAUGUACAAUUGAUCAUUAAACCAAUCAUUCAUGUAUUUGCCAGAUAAA